AUGGGCAACACACAAUCGACGGUGCGCUACCUUGCGCCGGCAUCCUUCAUCUACGACUUUGCUCUGCAACAAUAUGGUAUCUUCUCGUCGCCCAACAUGAUGGAUAUCCACAACCGGAAUCUUGCCGCUUUCAGCCCAUACCCAUACUUCAUUGGCGCAUUCUUCUUCCCUCAACAAAUCUUCCAGCUGGUAUGGUUAUGGAAGCUGUGGAAGCAGGAUGGUAAUGCGCAAGAGUGUGCGAUGAUGAACAAGUUUGCUUGGGUUUACAGUCUGGGCAACUUUUGCAUUGGAACUUGGAUGUUCUUCUGGAACUCGAACAACCUGGAGACAUCGAACAUCUUCGUCAUCAUCAACACACUGGCGCAAGUCGGUUACAUUGCGACGGCGCUUGAGCCGCUCGACACACGCUCAACACCCAACCUUCUCACCCACAUUGUCUCGAAAACGUUUGCGGGUAUCGGUGUACUGGAUCUCCUUCACAACACAUCUGCAGCCUACUUUGUAGGUGUAGAGCCCAGUUCACUGGUGCAGGUGGCUACCGGUGUUGGUUUCGCCGCGGCGGCAAGCAUGAGCGACUGGAUCUUCGGCGGCUGCUUGGUAUACGACCUCGUUGCGUUGACCGUUGGACAGGAGGGCAACUGGUCGAGGCUGCUAGGUGGAUACGCGGCCAUGACAGCGGGUAUUGUGGCCUUUAGGAACUUCUUCUAUCCAAGGUGGAAGGCGCAGAAGGAGGGAAGGUACGCCAGGGUUGAGAAUGGCGGUGACGUGGUUUAG